AAAGGAUGAGCAGUACUAAUAUGCGCACAUGUUAGUCAGCUUUGGUAAGCCUAGCUUAGUGCUUAUAAAAAAACUCAGAUGUUCUUGGAAUUGAUGUGUGUCAAGAAAUUCAACAAAGGAAAAAAAAAAAAAAAUCUCCUUUUGAGGAUUAGAAACAAAAUGGCUACAUUAGGCUAUUUGUGUCCUUUAAUAUUGAUGUGUAUUCUAGGGCUCCUAGGAUCAAACGAUGCUCAAUUGCAACCAAACUUUUAUGCAAAGAGCUGUCCAAAAGCAGAGAAGACUAUUCAAGACUAUGUCCAGAAUCACAUUCCAAAUGCUCCAUCUCUUGCUGCUGCCUUAAUUAGAAUGCAUUUCCAUGAUUGCUUUGUCAGGGGUUGUGAUGCUUCAGUGCUCCUGAAUUCAACAUCAAGUACAGGAAGCCAGACCGAAAAAGUGGCAAUCCCUAAUCAAACACUGAGAGGCUUUGAUUUCAUUGAUGCUGUGAAGAAAGUAGUUGAAGCUGAAUGUCCUGGAGUAGUCUCUUGUGCUGAUAUCGUUGCAUUGGUUACUAGAGACUCUGUUGUGGUCACUGGAGGCCCUUAUUGGAAUGUGCCAACUGGGAGAAGAGAUGGAAGAAUCUCUGACGCUUCUGAAACCACAGAUAUUCCAGCUCCAUUCAAUAACUUAUCUAGUCUCCAGUCUUCUUUUGCUAAGAAGGGCCUUGACCUCAAAGACUUGGUUCUAUUAUCAGGUGCUCACACCAUUGGAAUCUCUCAUUGCUCAUCAUUUUCAACACGUUUAUAUAAUUUCACUGGAACUUUUGGUACUCAAGAUCCAUCUCUAGACAGUGAAUAUGCAGCUAACCUUAAGGCCAAAAAAUGUAAAUCACUCAAUGAUAACACAACAAAAGUUGAGAUGGACCCGGGGAGUAUCAGGACAUUUGAUCUUAGCUAUUACAAGCUUCUACUCAAAAGGAGAGGACUCUUUCAAUCUGAUGCUGCCUUGACAACAAGUACUACAACAAAGUCAUACGUCAACCAACUCGUCGAGGGAUCACUCAAAGAGUUCUAUACUGAAUUUGCUCAGGCAAUGGAGAAAAUGGGAAGAAUUGAAGUUAAGACAGGCUCUGCUGGUGAAAUUAGGAAGCACUGUGCGGCUGUGAAUAGUUAAGAGUAGUCUUUGUUUCAUUGUUUUUUUUUUUGGUUCUACGGCUUACGAUAUUGUACGAACCUUUUGUGAAGAUGAUUUGGGCCAAUAUGUAUCAUGUUCCUUUUUGUAUUUUUUUUUCAUCAUAUUCCUUUUGUAUUUAUUAAUUCUGUUCAAUUUUGUAACUUGAUGGUUGUUAAAUAAACUAUAUAUGAUGUCAA